UUAUAGCUUAUAAGCUAAAAGUUAUAAGUUACUUGAAAUAGCAUUUGAAAAUAAGCUAUAAGCUAGUAAAAUAAACUAUAAGCUCAUAACAAAAUGACCGUUAUCAAACAGAGCUUUUAGCUUAUAAGCUAAAAAAUAUAAGCUAGCUUUUUGGCCUUCCCAAACAGAGCCUAAGAAACAUAAGAGAAGAGUCAUUUUCAUUUUUCACAACUAAUAGUCACCUCGGUUUGAUCCAUUUACCUAAAUGGAUCAAUUUGGCCAAAGUAGGUCCGGCGGAACCGGCCCAUUUGAAAUCUCUAGUUUUUUUUUUUUUUUGACAAAUCCAUAAUAUUAGCGUCACAUUGACCAACACAAAAUACCUUGAUUAACAAGUAAAACACAAAACAAAAGAGGAGGGAUUGUUUGUUUCUCUCACUUAUUUCAAAUCAAAGUAAAAAAAAAAAAACUCCAUGGAAAUAGACAGUGAAAACAUCAAAGAGAAGGAUCUGUUCAAAGCAGCUGAAGAAGGAGAUUCUUCAAUUUUCGAAUCAUUAUCCCCUCAAUCACUCUCCAAAUCACUCUCUCUAACAAACGAAGACGCUCGCUCACUUCUUCAUGUUGCCACUUCUUCUGGUCACUCUAAGGUUGUGAAGAUAUUAUUGUCUUGUGAUGCAUCUGCUGAGGUGAUAAAUAGUGCUGAUGAAGAAGGGUGGGCACCGCUUCAUUCUGCUGCAAGUAUUGGGAAUUUGGAGAUAUUGGAGGCUUUGUUAAACAAAGGAGCUGAUGUUAAUAUAAAGAACAAUGGGGGACGCACUGCCUUACACUAUGCAGCCAGCAAAGGCCGGAUGAAGAUUGCUGAAAAACUCAUCUCUCAUAAUGCCAAUAUCAAUAUAAAGGACAAGGUUGGUUGCACCCCACUGCAUCGGGCAGCUAGCACUGGGAAUUCUGAGCUGUGUGAAUUUUUUAUUGAAGAAGGAGCAGAUGUUGAUGCCGUUGAUAGAGCUGGUCAAACUCCUCUAAUGAAUGCCGUGAUUUGUUAUAACAAAGUGGUAGCACUUCUUCUUAUAAGGCAUGGAGCAGAUGUGGAUGUAGAGGACAAGGAAGGGUACACAGUGCUUGGUCGAGUUACCGAUGAUGGGUUUAGAACAAUAUUGAUUGAUGCUGCCAAGACCAUGCUUGAGUGAUUCAAACACAAGAGAAUGAGAAAAUUUUCAGUAUAAUGUAAAAGAGAUUAUUGUGCUGUAGAGAAAACAAGGUUUUGCUUAAGACAUGUUUUAUAUGUUUGAUCAUUGAGUUCAUUCAAUGGCUUGCAUUUUCAUUAACCAACCUUGAAUUUCUGUCUCUUUUCUUGUAGCAUUUUAACCGGUAUUUGAGGUUAUUUUUCCCUA